AUGUCAAACAAUACAUCACACCUCUCCUCAGACUGUGCCUCUUCCGCCAGCCUUGAGACCUCAUAUGUAGCUGUGUCAUACCUCUACUUCAUCUUGUUCCCCGUCGCAUUGUUCCUCAACGGGGUGGCGGCGUGGGUGUCUUUGCACCUACGGUCCACCACUACCUUCAUAGUGUAUCUUAAAAACCUGGUGGGCGCUGACCUGAUCAUGACACUGACGCUCCCUUCGCUGGCAGCCAGCAGGCUUCCCGGAGCAUCAGCUGAGCUAAGGGCCUUCGCCUGCCGCUACAACAACGUCGUUUUCUUCUGCUGCAUGUACACAAGCAUCACAUUAAUGGGUCUCAUCAGCCUGGACCGCUUCUUCAAAAUCGUCCGGCCGCGUGGGAAGGCACUGGGGCAGAGCGUCACGUUCAGCGUAGUGACGUCCACCUCGGUUUGGGUUGUGCUGUUCGGCGGCACGGCCAUCCCGACCGUCGUUCUAACUGACCGGGACCCCGCUAACGCAUCAGACGAUUUUUGCAUGGCCAUGAAGAGUCCAGCUGGUUUGAGUCUUCACAAGUUCGUGGUUUUUUUCAUGGAGACUCUUUUCUGGCUCGUCAGCAUGCUGAUUGUGUUUUGCUACAUCUGCAUCACCGUGAAAGUCCUGCGGUCCUUCAGGAACUCCGGGAGCAACAACAGCCGGGGAAAGAAGAAAACCAAAUUACGGGUCUUCUUGAUACUUGUUGUUUUUUGUGUUUGUUUUGUGCCCCUGCACCUGAUGCGCAUUCCUUUCAUGCUGAAUAAAAUCUACGGGGUUACCAUGUGCACUCAGACAUGGGUGGAGGUAGUCUAUGAUUUAAACGUAUGGCUCUCCUCCACCAAUGCCUGCCUGGACCCUUGGCUCUACAUCUACCUGUGCAGGGAGUUCAGGGACAAAUUUGUUGACCUGAUGAAAGGCAGCGGUAGCUGUGUUGGGUUAUUUUCUGAGGACAAAGAAGAGAGUUCACAGUAGGAAAAAAAAAUCAUUA